AUGCUCUUCCACAAGGUCCUCUCUGCCCUCCUCCUAGCAGCAUCGGCCCUCUCAUCGCCAGUCCCCGCCGACGGCGUGGAACUCGAUGCUCGCGCCGACACCCCCACCCUUGCCCCACGGUACACUCCACCUCGUAUUGACGGACGGCGCUUGCGAUCAAUCCUCCGCGAUGACACUGGCGACUGGCGUUGGCUGGUUGUCGCGCGCCUCUUCGCCUAUCCGAUCGAGAACGGUAUCCCGGCAGGCUUGGACCGUACUGGCCGCAAGAUCCGAGCCUCGUGGGGCGUCCGAGAUGGGAUGAAAGGCAACAUUCAAAUCCACGACGACUACAUCAACUCGAACAACAAGACGUACUGCCUGGAUGCUGGCUCGAGGCCCCGCAACGGCGUCGAGCUCAAAAUCUGGGAGUGUCUGGAUGUUCCACAGCAAAAGUGGCACGUUCACAAUGGCCGCAUCGAGUUGAUCGGAUAUGGCCUUUGCGUCGACGUCAAGGACGGCAUCAAGAAUGGCAAGUUUGCCAGUUGGGUCACGCAGACCUGGCAAUGCUACGAGGGCAACAGGAACCAGCAAUGGGAAAUUGUCGACAUGUCUCUUCCCCCGCGCGAGGUCAAGGAGCGCGAAGUCGAGGUCGAGCAGCGCGACGUCGAGGUCGAGGCACGCGAUGUCGAGCAGCACGGGGUCGAGCAGCGCGAGGCGAGCAACGACGUGAGCGCUCGCGACGAUGCACCCGCCCUCAAAGCCCGUGCCGCCCCCGCCGCCAUCGACACCCGCGCCGACCGCAUCGUCCAGCGCAUCACGUCCGCACUGAGGGAUGCCAAUGGCGACUGGCGCUGGUUGACUGUGAUGCUCAUCUUCUACCUGCCGAUCGAAAACGGCCUCCCUGGACGAUUGGACAGGACUGGCCGAAAGAUCAGGCCGGGGUGGUACAUUCGUGACGGCCAGAAGGGUAACAUCCAAGUCGAAGACGGGUACAUGAACUCGAACAACAAGACCUACUGCCUCGAUGCCGGCUUGAACCCUCACAACGGCGUUCAGAUCAAGGUCUGGGAGUGCCUGGAUGUCCCGCAACAAAAGUGGCACGUCCACGAUGGUCGCAUCGAGCUCAUCGGCUAUGGCCUUUGCCUCGACGUUAGGGACGGCAACCUUGGCGAGGGCAGCGUUGUCCAGACGUGGCAGUGCUACCCGGGCAACAGAAACCAGCAGUGGGAGCUCGUCAACUUUGCCCCCACUCGUCGCGGCCUUGAAGAGCGCGAGGCCGAGGUGGUUGAGGGCCGUGAUGUCGACUAG